AUGAAACUAAGCCACAAAUCUCAAAACCAACUACCUGAAGAAAUCCUCAAAGAGAUAAGAGAGAAAAACCAAAUAAGAAGGCUAUGGCAACAAACCCGAGACCCCCAAGUCAAAAGACUUCUAAACUCAAAAGUCAAAUUCAUAAGAAGCAUCCUAAUAACUCACAAAACUGACCAAUGGGACACAUUCGUAGACUCACUGAACACAAAAGAUGGUUCCAUUUACAAACUAUAG